UUUCGAGUAGGACCCAAAUAAGGAAAUGACGUCGAGCAUCAGAGCGAUGGUCGCAAAUAGAAAACUCAAGACCUGACACCGGCAUCGGUUGGAUGUGGGUUCGAGAAGGAGUAAUUGGGGCGUGGAGCUGACAAAGCAGGAGCAGAAUGGGUGACAAAUCAGGAGAGACGAACUUCUAUUCCAAUGCUGAAUGCUACUGGAAAGAGGUUCCCCCCACAGUGGACGGCAUGCUGGGAGGCUAUGGGAGGAUCUCCACCAUCGAUAUAAAUGGAUCCAAGGCUUUCCUUCGCAAAUUCCUUGGCGAAGGGGAGGGCAAGACAAGCGCCGGCUGCGCUCUGGAUUGCGGCGCAGGUAUUGGGAGGAUCUCCAAGCGUCUGCUGCUGCCUCUCUUCAAGACGGUUGACCUCGUGGAUGUGACGCAGGAGUUCUUGGACAAAGCUAAGAUAUACCUGGGAGAGGAUGGCAACAAAGUGGGCAACUACUUCUGUAGCGGACUGCAGGACUUUGUUCCAGAGAGUGGACGCUAUGAUGUCAUCUGGAUCCAGUGGGUCAUUGGCCACCUGACCGACAACCACCUGGUGGAAUUCCUGCGGCGCUGCCACAAAGCCUUGCGGCCCAACGGCAUCAUCGUCAUCAAGGACAAUGUUUCAUACGUAGGGGUGGUGCCCGAUGAGGUGGACAGCAGCGUGUGUCGAGACCUGAAAAUAGUCCACAGUCUGGUGAGCCGAGCAGGCCUUCGUGUCAUCCACGAGGAGCAACAAGUAAACUUCCCAAAGGAGAUUUUCCAAGUCCACAGUUUGGCUCUCCGAUAAGACGUGCUUAAUAACAAGUGCAAUUAUAUUUAAUAAGACGUUUCUAGUCCACAGUCCUAAAAUGAUGUGAUGGUGUUCACUGUACAGUAUGUUUUCAUCAUUGAGGUCUGCUUCAUCUCAUCUGACUGUAUCUUUGCUGCAGGUCUUAUUUAUUUAUCAACAUAUUUGUUCGUCCCAGGCGAAAUAAUAGAUCAUUUUAACUCUGAGCUGAUAGAGGUACAUUGUGACAGAUAAGAACAUUUGCUGUAAGUGCUGGCCUUCCUUUUAACAGUCUUUAAUUGUAUAAUGCAUUUCAGACGACUGACUGAAUCUUUUACACAAGCCAUCAGCUAAAUUAGAAAGCAUUCUGUUUCUCCGUACACUUUGAUUCUAUGUUGCAGCUGACUCUGCAACUAAACUACACAACUUUUACAAAACUUAAAAAUGGCGUCAAUGAACUCACGUUCUAGUUGACAUUGCAUCUGAAACACACUGGUUGGAAGGAGCCAAUAGAACAUGACAGGAAAUUAGCAACAUUGCACUCACCACAACACCAGCAUCAAAACAUUCUGUUUUGAGGAUUUUUUAAACAAUAAAAAUGUAUGGAUUGA